GCUCAAAACUCUCUCUGUCAACACCAAAUGCACAGUCCAUCGUCGCCAUCACCUUUUUCUUUUUGGUAUCGCGGGCUAUUUUUCGCAGCACCAGCAGCACCAGCAUCGGUCGGCGGCGUGCUCAACGACGGCGAACGCGUGCGCGACGAACGCACAGCACGCACGCUGCAGGCGGCCCGCUUCCCUCCCUCCCCCCCGCUGCUGCUGGCUGCUGUCGCUGGCGCCGCCGUUGGGGCUGACGGGCGCGCUGUCGCGUGCGCUUGCGCGAAAGAGCGAGCGAGACAGAAGAGAGACGGUGAAGGAGAGAGUGUGAGGGAGAGAAGAGACGCGACAGACUCCACGCGCUAUUCGGCGGCGCGAUCGUCUAAACUCCCACACCCCCGUGGGCGCUCGCUCGCUGCCUGACUUGAGUCGAGGCCGUGGUCGUUCCGUUUCUCCACUGCGAGCAGUCCCAGCUGGAUUGAUUGAUUGAGUGCCAGACUAUACUGUACUACUAGCAACUAACUCUGCUCACGCCCGCCGUCUGUCCCGGUUAGAACAGCCUCACAGGAGGCGACGCCCCCGAAGUGCAGACAGAGGGGCCUCUCUCUCUCGGCCCUGCGAGCUAGCUGCUUGCUGCUCCCAGAACCGGGGGACGGAUCGCGGCGACGACUGGGACCGGCCACCGAGACGGGAGGCAGACUGGAGAGAGAGACAGACUGACGACGACAUCACCACCACCACUAAAACGCCAACACAGAGAGACGAGCCGCCUCGGCAUCGAUGAGCACUGCGGCGUCGGGCCCGGGCUCUGGCGGGCCGGCAGCGCGUGUCGGGCAUGGCCAGAAGCGGAGCGUGCAGGCUGCCUUUGAGGGUGCGUAUAUAUCGAACUCGUCACGGCCUCCCCUGUUGUUCUUGUUGUUGUUGUUGCUGCUGUUGUUCUGUGUUUAUACUGCAUCCCCCAUCUGUUCCUGCGCUGCGACGCCUCUCCUCGCCGGCUCAUGAGUACUAUGUUGUGAUGUAAGUGGCAGCGGCCGUCCCGAAUCGGCGUACGUGCUGCUGCUUCUGCUAUUGCUGCAACUAGUAACUUUAGUAGUCCGUCCGUACUACGUACUAGCAGUUAGCGAGCCCGACGACCGGGGGCGGUCCGAGUCCAAGUGGGCAUUGGUGGAUCAUGGUGGUGCUGCUGCCUUUUAUCCCGUUUGGGCCCGACUCGCCAACUUCACCUCAUCUCAUCUCACUCACCCUCGCUCGCUUCCUCGCCGAUUCCUCAACCUACCUUGUUCCCACGUCACAUCACACGACGAAACGCCGCCCACAAAAUGACAUGAUAUAGCAUUACCGCCUGCACCUCCCCUUGCCUUCCUCCACCCGCCAUGCCGCUUCGUCUGCGACAUGGCGGGCCCCCGCGCCUCUCCACCGCGUCGUCCUUUUCCUCUUCGUCCGCCUCGUCGUCACCGACUCACAGGUAUCCAGACACGGGCUCCCCCGGCUUCACCCCGCGCGCCCGCGUCACCGAAAAGUACCGCAUCGUGGGCUUCAUAAGCAGCGGCACCUACGGGCGCGUGUACAAGGCCGUGAGCCGCACCACGUCAUCGACUCGUGCCGCCGCCCCCGCGACAUCGUCACAGUCACAAGCCAGUAGUGGCGGCGGCAAUGGCAGCAGCGCACCGUCGUCGGCGGGCGGCUUCGUCGGCGCCGAAGUGGCCAUCAAAAAGUUCAAGCCCGACAAGGAGGGCGAGCAAAUCUCGUACACGGGCAUCUCGCAGUCGGCCAUCCGCGAGAUGAGCCUCUGCUCCGAGCUCCGCCACAACAACGUCAUCGGCCUCGUCGAGAUCAUCCUCGAGGACAAGUGCAUCUUCAUGGUCUUCGACUACGCCGAGCACGACCUGCUGCAAAUCAUCCACCACCACACCCAGCAGCCGCGCCACCCCAUCCCCCCGGCCACGGUCAAGAGCAUCAUGUUCCAGCUGCUCAACGGCUGCCAGUACCUGCACACCUCGUGGGUCCUGCACCGCGACCUCAAGCCCGCCAACAUCAUGGUCACCUCGGCCGGCGAGGUCAAGAUUGGCGACCUGGGGCUCGCCCGCCGCUUCGACAAACCCCUGCACUCGCUCUUCAGCGGCGACAAGGUUGUCGUCACCAUCUGGUACCGCGCCCCCGAGCUCAUCCUCGGCAGCUACCACUACACCCCAGCCAUCGACAUGUGGGCCGUCGGCUGCAUCUUCGCCGAGCUGCUGUCCCUGCGGCCCAUCUUCAAGGGCGAGGAGGCCAAGAUGGACAGCAAGAAGACGGUCCCCUUUCAGCGCAACCAGAUGCAGAAGAUUGUCGACAUCAUGGGCCUUCCCUCGCGCGACAAGUGGCCCCUCCUGCCCACCAUGCCCGAGUACAACCAGCUCGGCACCCUGCAGUCUCCCACCACCCACGCGCACCACAGCAGCCACCACCACCAUCAGCAGCACCAUCACCAUCACCAAUCCGGCCGCGGCUACUCGACGUCUUCGCCCUCUGCUGGCGGCGGUGGCGGCAGCAGUAGCAGCUCCAAUCUCGAAAAGUGGUACUACAACACCAUUUCCAACGCCACCAACCCGCCCUCGUCAACCACCUCCACCUCCGCCUCCUCCUCUUCCUCCAACGCGCCGCUCACGACCCUCGGCCCCGAGGGCUACCGCCUCCUCGCCGGCCUACUCGAGUACGAUCCGUCCAAGCGCCUCACUGCCGCCCAGGCCCUGCAGUCGGCCCUCUUCAGCACCGGCGACCGCGUCACCACCAACGCCUUUGAGGGCCUCAAGGUCGAGUACCCCCACCGCAGGGUCAGCCAGGACGACAACGACAUCCGUACCAGCAGCCUCCCCGGCACCAAGCGCAGCGGCCUGCCCGACGACUCGCUCCUGCGGCCCAGCAAGCGCGUCAAGGACUGAGCGUGUCGAUCCGCGCCCUGCUGUCGCCCGACCGGGUUGCUCAGUCGCGUGACCUUAUUAUCGUUGCUCGAAGCACCGUCACACAUGAUGGCUCUAUUGCGCUCGUCGGUUGGUGGGGCGCGGGCAAUGGGCCAGGGAUGCCAGCUCUACCACUAUCGACGACGACAGCGAGUCUUUAUUGUUCCAUCUAUUCAUUCUGUUCCUCAUGCCGGCGAGUUGAUGUUGCUAUUAUCGUUAUUAUCAUCGUUGUCAUUAUUUAAUGGGCUGCACGGGCGUUUAAGGCGGGUAAGAGUUUCACCGGCGUCGAGGGGCAUCAAUUAGGUCGAUUUGCUUCUCGGCGGGCAUAUAGUAG